UCAAGCCGCCAUCCUGACGCGACGCGCUUUCGUUUUCGGUUUCAUAGGUCAUGUUUAAUUGCCAGCUGUGAGAUGACGAGCAGUUGCGUUUCGGUCAUCCAAAAGUCGGCACAGAGGGUACGAGAUCUGCUUAUCUCGGUCAAAGAUGGGGGCCAAGCGGUUGACAGCGAUCUCGUUUUCAAAGAGAUCAAGUCCGACCUCAAGGACAGCAUCUACGCGUACCUGUCCGUCGCAGAUGACGAUGGCACAGCACUCUUGGUAGCCGCUCUAAACGAAUGCGUGCGCACAGUCACAACCGAGUUUUUCCAAACCUCAACGAGCAACGACCCGACACUGGUGCUGUACAAAUGUGUGAACAUGUAUCUCGGCUUCAGCUCUCACAUGAUGGACAAGAUGAGGACACCACAACUUUACGUAGCCGCCCUUUGUUCCCGAAUCCAGGCGCUUGAAGUAGUCGCUUUGCUUCUGUUGAAACAAUCGCGGUACAGCGAGCUAGAAGGCUACACCAAGCAGCUUGCCGAACAGAUCCGCUGUUUCAAAGGUGUUGCAACUGACGAUGCUAAAUCAGAUAAGGAAAAGCUCAGAGCACGCCACGCGGAAUCAGUCCUGCAAGUCUGCCGCUUCGCGGCGAUGACGUCGACGGCCGCGAAUUCUGAAGAGGCGCUCGAGAGCCUCUACACCGCUAAGAACGCGUGCUGCGAUGAUUUUCCAAUGCUGCAGAAAUACGUCUCGUCGAGGGCCUACGUUACAGGCAUGCAGUGCUUCAAGAGUGGUCAUUACAAACACUCCGUCUCUUACUUCCGAGAAUCCUUCUGCCUCGGCAAGAAAUUUGUUGACGUCAAUAGGCAGGCACACACGCUGUACCUCCUGGGUUCCGCCUACCUCCUUUGGGACAAGCAGGAGCACUGGGAGAAGGCAGCCAACGCCUUAGAUAUGGCCAUCUGGCACCGUCCAGGACAGUUGAACUACAUGACGAAGAAGCUGGAAGCCCUCUACCAAAGCGGUAACGACAAGCAACUCUCCAGUACACUAGACUGCAUCCUCAGGCACCAAGAAAUUACGAUAAGGCAUGUGCUUGGAAUUCACCAGUCAAUAAAGGAGCACGGCUUUGCCCAACAAGCCAUUGAGUUCUUGCAGAGAGCCUACAUACGCUUCAGCCAGGAUCGUGAAGCCUUGUAUUUGCUGGUGGAACUUCUUAAGGCUGAGCUUGACAGCAAUGAGCUGGAUCGUGCCUUCCUGACCUUCCAGCGAAUCCUCGUCCAGGACAGUGCCAAAACAACACAGUUCGCUGGUCACUGUCUCAGGCAACUCUUUUGUUACUUGUUUCGCUUUGGUUGUGGCAAGGCCGAGUCAGGCAGCACCUCUGAAGCGGUGGAAUGGCUCAGGAACUGUGAGACUCUUGUAGCCACGUUCAAAAGCAUUUUUGAUGAGGAGACCAUCAGAAGGGAGGUGGAUAGCUUGCGGCUCUGUCAGGUUUAUUGGAGCAUGAAUCUUGGAAUGACCAACAGGGCAAAGGACACCUUGGAUCAGUAUACAGGCACAAACCAUGUGACCAAGGGCUACCUGAGGCUCAAGAUCGCUCUCGAAGAGGACAACGGUGCUGAUGCGAUUGCAGCUGUUCGCAAGCUGCUCCAGCUUGUCAAGGAAGCCAACCGUUUUGAGCGGGAGAACAUCACCAAGAAAGUUUCAAAUGCACUCAUUCACGUUGGGAGCUUCACACUGAAGGCGGGCAAGCUGGACCUCACCAAGGAUGUGUUAAAGCAGAUGGCCUUGCCUCCAGAAACCAACCCAGCCAUGGCAGAGAUGCAGCUGAAGUGCCUGCAAUGCGUAGUUGCACUCUGUCUCAUAAACAUUGAACAGGUUACCAAUAUUUACGAAGAAGUGAGUGACUGCAUUGAAAAGGCAGCCACUAUCCUGUUUGUCUGUGAAAACGACAGAUGGCAUGCAGAGCAGAGCCAGUGGUUCGCCACCGUGUGCUGGAACCUAGCGUUGCUGCCAGAAGUGAAUGCCGAGCAGCAGUUCCACCUUCUGGGGCACAGUUUCAGGCUGAUGCUAAGCGUUCAUGGCCGUCGAGACACCACAAAGCGGAUCACCACCUAUGCCAUCAUGGCAAUGCUGUCGGGAGUCACUGCGUCCAGGAAACAUGUGGCUGACACACAGCUCAGGCAAAGAAUUCUUAGGGAAGUUCAUCAAAUUGCAGAGAAGCUCAAGAAAGUGAACCCUGCCUGGCGGGACAACAGGCAGCUAGCUGGAAUGCUUCUUGCUGCUGAGUUUGAAGCUGUCGUACGUGGAGGAGGAGCAGCUAACAGCAACGCUGUGACGGAUGAGGUCAUUUCUUUCUCGGGAGACAACACAGAGCUUCUCGAGCAGUUCGUUGCCAUCUGCCAGGAUGCUGGCUGCAGAAAGAGCUCACUUUCUGUGACCUUGCUGCGACGCUGCAUCGAUCUCACAGCAACGCAGAAUCAACCAGACAAGCUGGUCAAGUACUAUCACCUGUUCUUUCAGGCACUGCUGGAUUCACGAGAUGAGGAUGGAGUCGUGGCUUGUACCGAUGAAGUUAUCAGGCUGAACCACUCGGUGACUUUCCCAGAGACAGAGCUCGUCUGGAUGAUGACCACUGUGUGGAACGAAGGGCUGCAGCGAUAUUUGGAAGGUGCCCUGCCAAGUGCCAAAUGCUACCUCAGCUGUGCACUUCGCAUCGUUGACAUUCUGCCAGUGCUACGGGCUGCAUACCAGCAGAGUCUUCUCUCCCGGUACCAAGGGCUAUUCAACGAUGAAAUUGCGCAUCUGUCUGCGACUAACGAAGAUCACUAAUAGUUUCUGCACUUCAGCGAUUCUUGGUUCCCACUCUUUGUAACUUGCCAAGUCAGCACACUUAUUUCUGGCUAGAAGCUUGGCCUUGAGCAAAGUCUAUUCAUGAUCAGUUGUGAAGACUGACACUUGUUGCGAAUGUACAUUGCAACUGAGACACCCUUGUAACCUCCUUUGCAAGUGUGAACAGGCCUCUGUUUUACCUUUGCAGUUGGGUACAUGUGUUUGAUCAAAAAGCAGCUUUGGCCAUGUUUUCACUGACAAUUUCCUGUUAAGACCUGUUUCCUGUUAAUUUCCUGUUUCCUGUUCAUGCAUAAAAAAAAGUUUUAGGAAAACCAUGCUACUGUGUACUGACUGUUCUUUCAAACAACCUUCAUAGUCAAGUGAACAUGGAUGGAUAUAAAGUAACAAUUCCUUUUGCUCGAUUCUAUUCCUUUGUCAUCAUCUGCCAGUAACGACUGGCCAAUUCUGAUGAUAAUGCGAGUAGAGUGCAGCUUGAUCACUUAUAAUGAGUGAAAAGUAAAAGAAUUGGAUUGGAAUUGUUGCAAUAUUCCAGCACAUACUACUCUACAUCAAUCAGGCUGUGGACCGGACUGAACCAGUUGUGCUUUAACAUUGUGUUCGAAAUGAUUCUGAACAUGCUGAAGCUAUAGGUUGGCCAGCAGUUGGCAAGAAAAAAAUUACAGCAGAAACCAUCUUCGAUGAUUAUCUAAGUAAAUGCGAAGCAUUUCUUUCCUGCACGUGGAGCAAAGCCCAAACUCCCGGGGAAAUGCUCACUUGAGGACUGCUACAAACAUGAAGUGCGGCACCCUGACGGCAUACAAUCUUAGAGAUGGUUGUAGAUGCUACACACCACACCAAAUUUGUCUUCGACAAAGUGCUUUUGAAAGUAUGCAUCUGCGUCCCACAUGUGGCGGUCCUCCAAUCGGCACCACUUCGUCUCGGUGGCUUGUUCAGUGGCCAUUUGCUUCACAUGCUGCUGUUUUUUGGCCGCACGUCGCUUCUCUUGUUGCUCGCACUCCACAGCUAUGCAUAUUUCGUUGGCCCGUUGCUUCGCCUCCUGCUGCACCGCUUCAAUGUUCAUUGCAUACCUCUUCAGCCUUUGUAGAACCUUUGUGUUCUUACGCUGCCAUUCUGCUUGAUACCUUCGAGGGCUCAAUGCUGUAUCUGCAAGUAGAGGCCUACGUGCAACAUAAUGCAGCUAGAACAACUGAGCCAAGUCUACUUGUGGCAUGCACACCCAUACCGGUGAGUGGAGCAAUGAGAGGAGGUGCCGAGUAGCGACGUGCAAACUGGUACGUUGGAGUGUGCACAUGUGCAUUGAGCAAGGAAGGGCCAAGCCAAUAGUGAGCGGGUACAUUGGUGACAAACUCUGCAACCUUGGACAGACCCGUGUUUGAUCUAGACUCCGACUAGGCAAAGAAAUGCUUCGCAUUUAAAAUAGCAAGUGCUUCUGUCAGUGAGAAAUGGGUAGAACAUACAGGCAUAUUUACGGGAGUAUAGGCAUACAUCUUUCCAUAAUCCGUUUUAUACAUAGCAGGCAAUAUAGAGGACCAGAAGGUUGCUGCAGAAAAAGUGAAAUUGUGCCACUGUACUUGAGAAUGCUAACAAAAGUCAAGAGUCACUUCUGAAUAGUCGAGCGUAUUGCAUUACCGUUCGCUUAAGGAGAGGCCUUUAGCAGUCUUACAAGCCUCUUGCUUAAAUGAGGAAAUGGCAGAAUAAACUGACACUUUUCAAGAUCAUGCUAUUGUGGAGUUAGAGCUAGCUCUAAAAGAUUGGGUAACCCCACAAUGAACUAUGGUAUUUUGUGAAACCAAAAGUAGACUUGUACUUGCUAGAGUCUCGGAAUAGAAUAUGUCAAAACCUUGGCAGUGGGCUUCGAGCAAUAACUUGUACUAGCACUGUUGGCAAACUUGUGGAACACUCCAUGAACAAAGCCAUCACUUGGGGGAGUUAUAAAAAUGGUCCUGUAGAGUAUGCUAGUCUUGACCUUAUUAAAUUAGAGCCACUUCACGAUAACUUGUAAAGUACAGUUGGCCACAAAAGAUUGCAGGACACUCAACUUAGGGGGGGAGAAGGAAAGGGAGAGAGAGAGAGACUGACUGAGAGAAACAAUUUUUCGCAAAGCCUGGGCAUAUAGUAGAUUCAAAUUCAAAGUUUCAGUCUGCAGGAGAUUUUGUGGCUUACAUAGUGGAUUAUUGAAUUAGAACUGCCAUGCCUUAAUGGAGCAGAAAUUCACAACUGUCACAGAACCAUGUCCCAUAAGGUUUUGCAGCUGAAUGUACAAAAGAUGUCAUUUAGUAAGCUCCAAUGUGCCAAGCAACACGUAUUGGACUUCAGUUUGUCAUCACAAUGCGCUAAUCCACCAAAAAUAAAUACUGUCACUGGGAAUGUAUGCUUGUAUAUUCUUCAGUAGAUUGGGAACUACAUGACUAGCCAGUUUGCUACAAUUACCAAAUCAUUCCCUUAGCAAAAAACAAAGAAAACAAACGAGGACACUUUGCCAAUAUUCUUUUUUAUUUCACCAAUAAAAUCUGUAGGGGAUAAAGCAUCCUUAUUUUUACUUUCUCACUUUCCAAUACUGUUUUUCCAACAGCCCAGAUUACAGUGCCAAUAUGUAGAUUCUCGUUCAAUCACUUACAAAAAUGUAAAAAAGAAACACAAAAUUUAAACACCAGAAAAGCAUGAAUAUAAACAACCAUAUGAAAUCACUGAAAUUGUGAACAGGGUAAUAAGAAGACACUCCUUGAAUAUUUCUAAUCUGAAUUGGCACCUGCAGCACAAAUAAACUUAUGACCGAUAAAAAAUAAUCCACAACUUGAGGAUUACUAAUACAUAUAUCUGUCAACAUAAUAAUAAAAAUGAAUUUCUAGAACUUUUUAAAGAUUUGUGUCUGUCUUAUUUGCACAUGCAUACACACGCAUACACACACACACUAGCAAAUAAAGUAUUGCAAAUGUCAUGGUAAUGACUAUUUCUGAGUUAAAAAAAAAGCAUUUUAAUCUACUACCAAAUGCUCACAAUUGCACCAAAAUAUUUUUGACAUUUUGCUUUUCUUUUUUUUCUGGUGUGCUUGAAAGCUGUUCCAAAAAAGUUGUUUCAAAAUAUUUUUUGCAGCUAAUGAUGAGAGCCAAGUAAACUGCACAAAAGUGAGUGACAUUUCACAAUACUUUGCAAUCGUCGCGUCGCCAAACUCUGUCCCUGUACAAUCAAUGACUCGUUGCAUGCCAAUCACGGUUAAGCUGAACUUUAGUUAAAGCCUGCCACAGUUAAUUGACUUGACUGCAUAUACGAAUAAUGUUACACUUUUCUUGUAGUUGAAUGCAAUGGUGGUGGGCUGUAACUGAGGUUAAUCUUAAUCAUGUGACGGGUGUAAAACUGGGCGCUCACCAGCUAAACCGAAACAGGCACAUACGAGUUCAAAAGAGUGUUGGAACAAGCAGAAGUAUAUGCUUUUUUAAAAAAUUUUUUUGCACUGUUCGUCGAGCUUUGUUGCUUAAGCAUACAUAGAGCAAGUGUAAAGUGUGCAAAAGAGUCUGGCAUUACCAGCAUGCAGUUCUUGGGAUACACUUGAA